AUGGGGGUCACUUUUUUUCGGCCUUUGGCCAGACCACCCCCCCACCUACCCUUGGUUCGGGAUCCACAUCCCGCUACCUCCUUGGAACUAAGUCCAACACUACUGAAUACCCACCAAAUCAAUCUGAGUUCUGUUGCAUAUAGAAUAUAA